AACGAUCUCCUGGGUCUUCGACUGUUACUAUAAAAGCUCCAUUACAAUCCAUUGUCAUGGUCAGUAUUUGAAAGAAGAACUCUAGUGUACAGAACAACAUCAAUAUGAUGAUCCAAAUUUUUUCGAUUGUACUUGUGAUAACUUCUGGUGCCCUUUGUAGCCUUACACAACAAGUAGUAUCAAGUACCCAAGCUGGUCAAACUUUACAAAUUCAACCAAAUGUGAGAAAAUACAAUAAACACUCUUCUACUGAAAGUCCUACUGGUACACGAAAAGACAAGCCUGAAUCGUCAGAUAGCCUUGAUUACGCGCCCAUUGCUACUACGCCUGGAUAUCCUUACGCAUACCCAUAUCCCUAUCCAUAUCCUUAUCCUUACCCAGCUGUGAAUCCAAGUAGUCUAUAUAUUCCACCCAUUGGUAAUCAGUAUCGUUACCCUUAUCAGUUUGACCAACAAUUUCCUAUUGAUAGCCCACAACCAGCACCUUAUUAUACGCCAUAUCCGACACCUUACUAUCAUCCAGCACCUUACCCACCACCUUUAUACGAGCAACCAAACGUUAUUGAUGCUUACCGCACACCGUUUCUAGCUUACCAACCAAUGGACCAAGGUCAUAUAUAUAGGCAGCCUUCAUUUUAUUAUUCAACACCUUCGCAUGUACGGACCCAUUCGUAUAACCGACCUACAAUAGCACCCCAACAACGUGAAUCUACUGAACAAAAUGAACAACCACAACAAAGUACAUUUGAAAAUAAUCAGCAGUUUCAUUACUAAUAUUGUAGAACAUGUAAAAAGUAUUGUACUAGCAUUUAAUAAUAUCUAGCAACGUUAUAUGAUAUGGAUUUAACUUUGUAUAAGUAUUUUGUUUAAUUACAGUUUUAUUUAUUAAUAUUAUUAUUUAAAUUAGUAAAAAAAUUAGUUUUUAUCUAAUUGCAAUAAAAAAUUUUCAGUUAUAAAUAAUAUGAUGAAUCAAAUAUAUUGAAACAAGGUUAUUAUUAAAAAU